AUGACAAUCCGAUUCACAUCGUAUAUAUAUAAGUUAGUCAAGGUCUCCUCAAGCCUCACUCCCCGCUUGGGCUUUGUGUUACAUCAGGCUCUCCAAAGUUUCAUCGGCAUCAUGGAUCAUAAACAAUCUCAGGUCACUUCCGCCAAAUCAGUCGAACUUCUUAAGGAGCAGCAAAAUCGUAACAUCAGCGAUGGUGCGGAUGAUGUGAAAGAAGAAGAACACUCAAACUCCCAACCUAUAUCGUCCGAUUUCUAUGUCCCACCCCGAGAGCGGUUGGAUCGCUUUCUCAAAUCCCCCCAGACGCCAUUUAAAGCCUCGAAAAAUGCAUCACGCUCAACAGCAUCGCGAAAGGCUAGCUUUUUUGAUCUACAUCUUCACCCCGAGCUACAAUUGCGCAGAAUUAUUCCAGUGAAAGAUCUUCCUGAAAAGGUGUCUUCUGUAUGCGACGACUGGAUUUCUACACAUUUACUUUUCACGUCAACCAAAGACGACUUCCCUAUAAACAAUACAGGCGAUCUUGACAAUGGGAAAUUGGCAUCAGACCAAACCUCCCAGGAGAAGUCCAUUAAGAACGAAAACGCCCUGGCGGCGUCAUACGGCUCUAAAUUCGGAACCCCAUUGGCUUUGCUUUCUUCCAACCUGAUAUUCAAGCCCUCUAAAUGGACAAAGAUAUUCGAGUUUGAAUUGUCACCAAGGGAGCGGCACGCUGGAAAAAAAUUUGCCACUCCAGACGGUUUCUUGUGCAUUUCGCGUCAACUUGAGGAUGAACAGGCUGAAGCUCUCAAAUCCCUUUGUGCGAACGACCAAAAAGAUAUUCAAUUAAUCACAAAGCACAACUUGCAUCACAUGAUGCUCUGGGAGUUCAAAAGCCUCUACGCGGGUUCCAGGCAAACGUUGGACAAGUUUUCCAAACUGGCAGGGGAUUUUAAAUGGCCGACGUGUAGCAGAGAAAGGAAAGAGCACUGCAAGGAUAGCAGGCAUGAUCGAGAUGGGCGUCGCACUUCCACAGGUCGUAAGGUUGGGUUUGACUCUCGGGACGUCAAAAUCAUCAACGAGAUAUAUGAGUCUGUUUAUGUUCCAGACCCAGUAAAUGAAGACCAGGAGUCAGACGAGGAGUCAGACUCGUCUGGUUCAGACAUGGAUGAUAGUUCUGAUGGCCAUAAUGCGGGUGGUAGUGGCACCAGAUAUCAUCGUCCAACUACGUACGACGAUAUGGAUACAGAGCCAGAUACAAACCCAUACCCGGACGCAGAUGAUGUAGUCGAUCAUAAUCCCACUUGGACGAAUCCCUUCGGGCCAGAGUCUACUCCAGUAGAGAAUAUUUCCAUUGCCAUGACUUCAUCCAAAGCUACCGCCAAAAAAAAGACCGUCAUUCAAACCAACAGGAAGAAACGAGCAUCAAAGACAUUUAAACCGAUAACGUCCUCGAAAAAAAUUUCCAAAAAGAAAAAAAAGGAACAGUAUGACAAAAGACCUCCGAAGCCGCGAGAUAUGAUUAUACAGAUUUGGUCAGCGAUGGUGAAGUUUGACGCUACAAUUCUCAUUCUCAACGCGGGAAACUACGAAAUCAUCUUCAUCCGCAACAGAGCCAGAAAUACUCUAUUCAUGUCGGAUGUAUUUAAGGUUGACGACCUCCUUUACAGGAAGACGCAAAUCAGCUUGCAUGGUUUGGCGUUUUAUGAUGCUCGCGAUCGGUCGCAUCAGCUGGAGGCACUAGAAACAACACCUGACCCCAUUUUCCCUCCAUCAUAUCACCUCCAAAUUGACUUUGAUCCUUACCCGCCGGUUCAUCCAGCAGCAGCAGGGCUGUCGCAGGCAGCGGAAGCUCAGCUGACAUUGGAGGAUGUUGUUUAUGAUUUUGAAAACAAAGUUGUAUUCAACGUGCUUCUUCCAAAGAUUCUUUCUGGCAAAGCAUCCAUGGAGGAUCCGUACGACAAAUGCAUGUUGAGAGAUCACAAGUCGACGCCGCCAUCUCAGUUAGAGUCGAAGUGGAUCUUGGAACUUGGCGAUAAAAUAACCGACAAGGUUUAUCCUGUUGUCGUUAGGAAUGGAAGUGCCAGCUUUUCCAACAAAUUUGUUGUAAAGGUGACUCAGAACAAAUAUGAGUACAAAACGUUGAAGUACGAGCUCCAAAUCCAUCGUCGAGUCGAAACCACCAGCUUUGGGGUCAAAGUCUUUGGAAUAUUAGAGGUUCCCAAUUCGAACGUACGCAUGAUGUUAAUGAAUGACGCUGGCGUUUCGUACGACGACCUCCGGCAUAAGAGGAUGUUCACAUUUGCAAAAAAGCACCGAAACUGUUAUGUUGAAGCAAUCAACGCAUUACACGAACAACGACUUCUUCACGGAAACCCGAAAUCGGGACAUUUUUUGAUCUCCAAGGUCGAAGAUGGGACCGCUCGUGUAUCUAUCGUUAGCUAUAAGCCUCAAUCAGGCUCCUUCAACAACAACGAGGAAGACGAAGCCACAAUUUUUGGCAGAGCGAAGGAAGAUGAGUUGAAAUUAUUUGACAAGUUUUGGAUUUAA